GUAAUUGAUUUAGUUCUUCUUAAUCAUUUCUCAGCGUAACAACUGUUUCUGACCCAAACACACCAAAAACAAAAAAAAAUAUAAUAAACCAAAAAUAUUCGAAGAAAUUCGAAAAUCAUAAAAAAGAACAAACGCGUUUUUUAUGCCAUUUCAAUUUGUUUUUAAAUCGUAACGCGGGUGUGUGGUUUAUUCUUCUUCUUCCUCUAUUUUGUCUUCGCCUACAAAAUUAUUUCUUUGAGUGUAGUCGAAGGAAAAUAAUUUAUUAAGCGUGUGUUUGUGUCUGUGUGCGGGUGUUUAACUUCCUUCAGUUAUCGUCUUUAACGUUCCUGAGUUCCUCAACAAUUUUCCUUACUUUUUUCUCUCUAAGGAAAAGGAUUAAUUUUUGUUAAUUUUUUCAUUAAUUAAUUGUGUGUUUUUUUUAUUUAAUUAAACAACAUGGAUGAGCUUAACAAGGAACAAAUUGUCCUACUCCGCAAUGCUUUCAAUGCAUUCGAUCCGGAGAAACAGGGCUACAUUAGCACCCAGAUGGUGGGCACUAUUCUCAGCAUGUUGGGUCAUCAAUUGGACGAGGCCACUUUAGCGGAAAUUAUCGCUGAAGUCGAUGAGGAUGGUUCGGGACAAAUUGAAUUUGAAGAAUUCACUACGCUGGCCGCCCGUUUCCUGGUUGAAGAAGAUGCUGAGGCAAUGCAGCAAGAACUCAAAGAAGCCUUCCGUUUGUACGACAAAGAGGGCAAUGGCUACAUAACCACGGGAGUGUUACGUGAAAUUCUACGUGAAUUGGAUGACAAACUGACGAAUGAAGAUUUGGACAUGAUGAUUGAGGAAAUUGAUUCGGAUGGUUCUGGUACCGUAGAUUUUGAUGAAUUCAUGGAGGUCAUGACUGGUGGUGAUGAUUAAAUUUAAAAAUAAUUAUUGUUGCAAGAAACCAUAACUAUUUCCUGUCAAAAUUCUUUGUUAUCUUAAAAUAAUCUUACCUACCAAAAACAAAUUUACACUCUAGAAACAUCUUAAUUAAUAAUAAUUAAUAAUAUUUAUCUUAAUAAUAACAAUAAUGAUAAACUAAUAAAAAAAUCUACAACUACAAAAACAAAAAAUUCUAUAUCAAUAUUUUUUUAUACAUUUUUAACCAAAACCUGCUACAUGUCACAUUUAUUAUAAUGAUCUUGUUUUAUUAGUGUUUUUUCUCUUUAUCCUUCAUUGACACUUAACAGAUUAAGACAUUCUAAAUUCCCUUUCAUUUAGACACUUUGUCGGUUCCCUACAUCAAUUUGUCAUUUGAAAUACAUUAAAAAAAACCUCUGUGUGUUUUGUGUUUCUAAAAUUACACUUGUUUUGUCAAAUUAUUCAAAAAUUCUUUGUUUUAAUUUGCUACAAUCUCCUGUUUUAAUUUAUUAAUAAUUUCCGUAUUUCUCUGUUGUGUUUUUUUUUUGCAAAUAGUUGACAAAAAAAAAGAAUUGUUUAUAAAUUAAAUUUUAAUAAUCUAUUUAGGUUGCUAUUUCUGUUUAAAGACAUGUUUAUUAUAAUUUAUUACCGCUACUGAUGUGAUUAGUUUAUGUUUUUUGUUUCUUUAUUAUUGAUGUUUAGUUUUUUUCUUAUAAGUUCAGUUAACAAAGUUGAAUAAAAUUGUAAAGACGUUAACAAACUAGCCAAAAGAGGCCAUAAAUAAAAUGUUUA